AAUAGACCACAACGCAGAACUGAAAACUCAACUCAGCUUGGAGAGUGAGUGAGUGGAAAACCUAGCAUAAUCAAGAAUAGAAGCAUGUUCAAGAUCGUUGCCAGCAGAGCGAGGGCUUCAACUCCACAUGCCCGCAACGCUCUACUUUCUUACAAUGUCUCUCGGUCUGGUCAUGCUCUAUCAUCCGCCACAGUAGAAGCCGAAGAGAUAUCAGGUUCUAGACCUGCUGAAGUUUUGAACUUGGUUCAGGGUAAAUGGGUCGGAGCUUCAAAGUGGAACACAAUUGUGGAUCCGCUAAAUGGAGACCCCUUUAUUAAAGUUGGUGAAGUUGAUGAAACAGGCCUUCAGCCCUUUGUGGAAAGUUUGGCCAGCUGCCCCAAGCAUGGUCUGCACAAUCCGUUUAAGGCUCCUGAGAGAUAUCUUAUGUUUGGAGAUAUAUCUGCUAAGGCAGCUCACAUGCUAUCACUCCCUAAGGUUUCAGAUUUCUUUGCAAGGCUAAUACAGAGAGUUUCUCCCAAGAGUUAUCAUCAGGCCUGUGCAGAAGUUUAUGUGACACAAAAGUUUCUAGAGAAUUUCUGCGGUGAUCAGGUUCGUUUCCUGGCAAGGUCUUUUGGGGUGCCUGGAAAUCAUCUUGGGCAGCAAAGUCACGGUUUCCGUUGGCCAUAUGGUCCGGUGGCUAUUAUUACUCCUUUCAAUUUUCCAUUAGAGAUUCCAGUCCUUCAACUGAUGGGUGCACUUUACAUGGGCAACAAGCCAGUUCUUAAAGUUGAUAGCAAGGUAAGCAUUGUCAUGGAGCAAAUGUUGCGUCUGCUUCACACAUGUGGUUUACCUGUAGAAGACGUAGACUUCAUAAAUUGUGACGGGAAGACAAUGAACAAGCUGUUGCAGGAGGCAAAUCCAAGAAUGACCCUUUUCACUGGUAGUUCAAGAGUGGCAGAGAAAUUGGCUGUUGAUCUGAAGGGCCGGAUUAAAUUGGAAGAUGCUGGAUUUGAUUGGAAAAUACUGGGCCCUGAUGUUGACCAGGAAGAUUAUGUUGCAUGGGUCUGUGACCAGGAUGCUUAUGCAUGCAGUGGUCAGAAGUGCUCAGCACAAUCAUUAUUAUUUAUGCAUGAGAACUGGGCUUCUACUUCCUUGGUAUCCAAAUUGAAAGGUCUUGCUGAGAGAAGAAAGCUAGAGGACUUGACAAUUGGUCCAGUUCUCACUUUUACAACUGAAUCAAUGAUGGAUCACAUGAAACAAUUACUUGAGAUACCAGGUUCAAAGCUGCUCUUUGGGGGCAAGCCUUUAGAGGGUCAUUCUAUUCCACCUAUUUACGGUGCUAUUAAGCCCACUGCUAUUUAUGUUCCCCUUGAGGAAAUUGUGAAGGACAAGAAUUAUGAGCUUGUGACAAAAGAAAUUUUUGGACCUUUCCAGAUAAUUACUGACUACAAAAGCAGUCAACUACCAGCUGUGUUGGAUACAUUGGAAAAAAUGCAUGCACAUUUAACUGCUGCUGUAGUUUCAAAUGAUCCUCUCUUUUUACAGGCAAUCAUUGGUAGAUCAGUGAAUGGUACAACUUAUGCUGGUCUAAGAGCAAGGACUACUGGAGCUCCACAAAACCAUUGGUUUGGACCUUCUGGAGAUCCUAGGGGUGCUGGAAUCGGAACACCAGAAGCUAUAAAACUAGUAUGGUCUUGCCACAGAGAAGUUAUAUAUGAUUAUGGUCCAGUACCUAACCGUUGGGAAAUUCCUCCAUCAACAUGAGAAAUCCAAUUUGUGCGGGAGAUGAAUAAGUUUAGCCUUGUAGACAAUGAGGUAGCAUAUUAGGAUUAUAUUAGCUUGUAUUAGCCGAGGUUGAGAACAUGUUACGCUAUAUCUAGAUUUGGGUAAUAAAUUUCACGAUAUUACAAGUUUUCUUUAAUGUUUUUUCCGUUUUCAGUAUGUUUUUUCUUCAUAAUAAAGGAAACUAAAGUCA